UAUUUUCCGAUUUCAGCAACAAGGAGGUGGGGGAAAAAACACUCCUCAAAAACACUUAUUUCCCGUAUUUCUUCGUCAAGUCAAGAAAAGAUAUAUCGGCUGUCAAUCAUGCUGGGCUCCUGGCAAAGUUGGCUGAUAGCAUGCAUUCUCUUGUCUGGUACCUGCCACAUGAAGCCCACACAGUCAUCGGGGCCAGGUGGAACGUUUGAUUCAGGGAUGUCAGUUUUGCCUGAAGGCAAAACAGAAAGCACCACUUCCAAUCCAAACUCAAAAGAGAGAAUGUUCCCAUCACAGACUGAUUUUCCCAGGAUGCCUGGAGGCCCCAAAAAUGAUGGCAUGGACUGGUUAAGAGAGUAUUUUCGGAAAACAAAGAUGUUUCGCGAUCGUGAACGCGCAAGGUUGUCGGCAGUAUCAAAAAGUACAACUUUGGCACCGAUGACCAAUGGCGCCAUUCAUGAAACUGACUCUUUUCCCACCAUGACUUCAUUAGGCCGGGGAUUGACAAACAAUCCUCCUUGGAAAGAUUUGAACGAUUAUGAUUGGUCGAAUGAUUAUCCAACCAGACCGCCAUGGAGUCGUUCAGAUGUUUUCAACCCAAACAAGCAACCAGAUAUUAACUGGGAUGAUAGUAUGUUCAGAACUGUGGCACCUGUCGUUCCUUACCCAACCAAUGACUGGGAGGAAAUACGUCGCUUGCAAGAAAUGACACAACGGAUAAAGGACAUGCACAAAUUUAAAUGGCCAAACAUGGAGGUGCCGAAAUGGCUCCAUGAUCAAAACUCAAAAGAAUCGGAUAGUGCUGAUGAUGACAGUCAAAGUGAUGAGGUUGAAGAUGCAGAUAUCCAUAUCAGCCCUCUCUGGUGGGCGCUUCCAGUUGGUGGUGUCAUCGGAUUAACGUGUCUUGUGUCGUUGCUUUCACUAACCUGCCGACAUCGUUCUCAUCAGGCCCGAGGAAACCGUCUGCCUCAUCCUUUGAGAGCCCCUGGCACACUGAAUGCAACUAAUCGUAGCAAUAGAAGAGGACCCUCAUUGUUUAUUACAGUCCGGUCAUCUGAAAGUCGACAGAACCUUUUCAGUACUACUGACCCCAACCCCUCGCCCCAGAGUGAGGUGUUGAUUGCUGGACAGCCUCCCUCGGGUGACGGCCAGAAUUUUUCCGCUCCUCCUGCAUAUGGGGUGUGCGUCGAUGAGGCACCUCCAUCCUACAAUGAUGCUGUAGUGAAUCAGACAACUGACACAACCAAUGCCAAUGAUAUAGAAAUUAACACAUUCCUCCCUCGUCCACCAUCGUACAGCACUGUCAUGACAACAGGGGGUGCUCCUCCAACGUAUGGGGAGAUCUGCGGGGAGGCUCCACCUACUGAGGAAAUAAUUAGAGAAGUAACUGAAACUGCUGACUCUUGAACCCUGCCAUUGCUGCUGAUAUAUAUCAUUCAAGGAGACAAAACUUUUCUUUCUGGCCUGGAGACAUGCCGGUGAUAUGUAGUUCGCUUGCGUUAUCAAAUUGUCAUCCCAAACAUCUUCCAUCAGCUUCCAUUGAAGUUUAUUGUCCAAAAAUAAUAUGUUAAUGGUCAUAAAAUUCAAUAAUCAUCUUUUUUUGAUACCCAUUUCCUAAUGAUUUUAUGGCUUUUGGGUUAGAAAGUAUUGCACAGUUGUUGAAAAUCACAAGUGUCCAGUAACUUGGAAGCCCUGUCAUUUACCUCCUACUAGUCAAAUCCAAGAUGGCCACCGCUAGUCUUCUGGACGCUCGUAUAAUGGUGGAGAACAACCACAACUCCAUUAUCUUAAAACAAAAUGUCAAGAAAUGUUCAGGAAAUAUUUUGUUAAGGGCAUCUCAAUUUAAUUUCGAUGAUUUGAAACCUAGGUGGACUCUGCUGGGUGAUACAAAACCAUGAAAUUUUGUUCAUGUGUCUACUGCCCGUGAAAUGAUAUUCCUCAAGGAAGUACUGUGCUAUUGUAUAAACUACUGCCUGCAUUGUGUAGUCUAUGUGGCAGCCAUCAUUAAGACCAUUACGUCAUCGCUAUGCUCUGCAUGAACUAUGGGGACUUUUUUUCAAAGUCAACUUGUUGCCAAAAUACUAGUCGCUUAAAAUGUUCAUCGUCUUGUUUUGACUUUCGAAGUCACGUUUGGUAUGAAAUGGCUUUAAAUUAUGGAUGCCAAAAUGUUUACUUUUUGGCUGGUUUAAGUUGUAUAUGUAAAAAUGACAGGCCUGUUUAAGACAACCUGUUGAAAUGCUCAUUAUUCUGGAUUACUUUUUAGAUAUUUCCUUGUGACAAAGUUUGAUUUUUUUUCAAUUCUCACUCGAGUAAUCAACCGGGUGAAGUGCAUCUGUUGAUACAUAUAGGCCUGCUCCAGGUUAAUAGGUCUUGCAUCAUGACUGGUUUAAACCUGUCAGUACACUAUUAAAAAACCAAAAAUUUGUUUCACUGUAGGCCCUAAACUUUGUAAAAAGUCUGGUUUUUGACAUAACCUGUUUUGUACAUAACAUUUGAAUAAAGAAACUUUUCAUAAAAUAUUAA